CUGAGCGCCGGACCCCCGCACCCCACGGGACCCCCCGGACCCCCGCAAACCCUCCUCGAACCCCCUGGACCCACCACCAUGCAGGACAGCGUCGACCCCCACUGUGCCCUGGGUCUCGCCGUGGCCAAGGUGGAGCUGGAGGAGAUGGAGGCACCAGGAUGUGCCAGCUCAGUGUGGCCGGUGGUCCCCAAGGUGGAGGUGACCCCUGAAGGCGAUGAGGACAAUCUGGAGGACCCGGAGCUCCACGGCUCAGAGCACUGGCUGGUGCGGAAGGUGAAGGUGGAGGAGGAGGAGGAGGACGAGGCCUGGGCAGCCGGAGCCGAGGCCCCGCUGGCUCCGCAGCCCCUUCCCGGCGCCGUCCCCCCCGAUCCCGCCGGGACGCCAGGAAUUGCCGGCGCCUGCAAAGUGGAGGAGCCGUGCCCGGAGGAGCUGGGGUACGGGGUGCUGCCAACCUGGGGGCUGGGGCAGCGCCUGGAUGGCACCGGGAUCGGGAUUGGCUUCGGCGCCAGGAUCGAGACCGGCCCCGGGAUCGGGCUGGGCCCCGGGACGAGCCCUGACCCCAUGGAGCACGAGCGCCGCUCCCAGCCCGCCCCGCGGCCCUUCUCCUGCUCCCAGUGCGGGAAGGCCUUCGGGAAGAAGGCUCACCUGACGCGGCACCUGCGGGUGCACACGGGCGAGCGCCCCUUCCCCUGCCCCCACUGCGGGCGCCGCUUCCGCCAGCGCAUCCACCUGCGCUCCCACCUGCGGACGCACACCGGGGAGCGGCCCUACCCCUGCCCGCGCUGCGCCCGCCGCUUCCGCAAGAAAACCCACCUGGACCGGCACCUGCGCACCCACACCGGGGAGCGGCCCCACCCCUGCCCGCGCUGCGCCCGCCGCUUCGCCCACCGCCAGCACCUCCUGCGCCACCUGCGCCUGCACGCGGAGCCCGCCCAGGGCCACCGAGACGGGCACGGGCACGGGGAGGUGCCCCCCGAGGAGAAGCCGCCGCCCUGCCCGGGGUGCGAGAUGAGCCUCGCCUGGAAGCAGAGCCCGGCGUCGCGCCCGCCGCUGCACCCGGGGGACGGGAACGGACACCUGGAUGGGCACCGGGAUGAGGAUGGGGAUGUCCCCGCCGAGGAGAAGCCCCUCCCUUGCCCCCAGUGCGGGACGAGCCUCGGCUGGAAGCAGAGCCCGGCGCCGCACCUGUGGCAGCACCUGGAGAUCCGACCCCCGGGCUGUGCCGAGUGCGGCCACGGCCGCGCCCAGGACCCCCAGCACCCACUGCAGGUGCCCGGUGCCAAGUGUGGCCGUGGCUGCACCCAGGACCCCCGGCACCCGCCACAGGCGCCCGGCGCCCGGGACCCCCAGCACCUCCUGCAGCCCCCACAGGUGCCCGGUGUCCAGGACCCCCAGCGCCUGUCGCAGGUGCCCGGCGCCGAGCACCCCUUCACCCAGCACGCGUCCCAGGCGCCCCCCGCCCAGCGCCCCUUCGCCCAGGACCCCCGGCCCGCCCCGCAGGCGCCCCCCGCCCAGCGCCCCUUCUCCUGCCCGCAGUGCGGGCGCGGUUUCGGGCGCAAGGCGCACCUGGCGCGGCACCUGCUGGUGCACUCGGGCACCCGCCCCCACGCCUGUGCCCGCUGCGGGCGCCGCUUCAGCUCCAAGACCAACCUGGACCGGCACGAGGCCGUGCACACGGGGCUGCGGCCCCACCACUGCGCCCGCUGCGGCCGCGGCUUCACCCGCAAGACUCACCUGGAGCGCCACGAGCGCACCCACAGCCGCGCCAAAACCGGGGCGGGCACCGCUGGCACGGGGACUGGCACCGCCACCGGCGCUGGGAUGGGCGCGGGGACUGGCACUGGCAUCGCCGGGCCCCAGCUGGCCUGGCCAGAGCCCCCCACCCUCUGCCCCUGAGUGCCAGGAUGUGCCGGGGGGCCUGGUGGCUGCCAGUGCCACAUCCUGAGCGCUGGGAUGUGCUGGGAGGUGCCAGGGGUUCCGGUGGCUGCCAGUAGCGCAUCCCGAGCACUGGGAUGUGCCAGGGGUCCUUACGGCUGCCAGUGAUGUGUCCUCGGUACCAGGAGGUGCCAGAGUCUCCAGCAGAUGCCAAGAGCUGAAUCCUGGGCACUGGGAUGUUACCAGGAUGCGCCAGGAGCUUCUGUGGCUUCCAGCAGCGCAUCCUGAGUACCAGGAUGUGCUGGGAGAUGGCAGGGGCUCUGAGGACUGCCAGCGGUGAGUCCUGGCACUGGGAUGUGCCAGGGACCUGGUAGCUGCCAGUGGUGCAACCUGAGCACUGGGGCGUGCCUGGUUCCCCCGUGACUGCCAGUGCUGCGUCCUUGGCACCCUCCUCUGGGAUGUGCCAGGAGGUGCCAAGGACUUCGGCGGCUUCCAGCCCCGCACCCCGAGCACCAGGAUGUGCCGGGAUGUGCCAGGACGUGCCGGUGGCUCCAGCCGCUGCCGGGUGGUGAUUCCUGGGCACUGUGGUGUGCCAGGAUGU